AUCUUCUUCGCUUCUCACCUCCGCCGUCGCUUCUCACCGGUCAGCUCUGAACAACCAAACCAUGGCCACUCAAGCUGCUGCUGCCUCUUUCAAUGGCAACCUUAAGAAAGCUGUGGCAGGUAUCAAGCGUAUCAAUCUCGAUGGUCUUCGUUGGCGUGUUUUUGAUGCCAAAGGCCAGGUUCUCGGUAGACUUGCUUCUCAGAUAUCUACUGUCCUUCAAGCCAAAGAUAAGCCUACUUAUUGUCCUAACCGCGAUGAUGGCGAUAUUUGCAUUGUUCUCAAUGCUAAGGAUAUUGGCAUCACCGGCAGAAAGCUCACCGACAAGUUCUACCGCUGGCAUACUGGGUACGUUGGGCACCUGAAAGAACGGAGUCUGAAAGAUCAGAUGGCCAAAGACCCCACCGAGGUCAUCCGCAAGGCUGUCUGGCGCAUGCUUCCAACUAACAAUUUGCGUGAUGACAGAGAUCGGAAGCUGAGGAUAUUUGAAGGCAAUGAGCAUCCUUUUGGGGACAAGCCACUUGAGCCAUUCGUGAUGCCUCCUCGUACAGUGAGAGAGAUGCGACCACGCGCAAGACGUGCAUUGAUCCGUGCCCAGAAGAAGGCAGAGCUGGCAGAAAAUGGUGGAACGGAGGUAAAGAAAGGCAAGAAGAGGACUCCCUCUCAAGUAACUGCGUAGAAGAAAUGCCUUCAGAUUGUGAACUUAGUAAUGUGAUUCGUCUUAUAUAAUAAGCAACGAUCAUAAUGCAGGCGUGGAUAAUAAGCUUGUAAGGUUUUCUAGUUUCUUGUUGGUCACUUAACUUUUGAAUUUGAUAAAAUUUGCGAAUAGAACAAGAUAUCAUAAAAGUGGCGAUGAUAAAACAUCCUUGUCUCA